AUGUCAGAGCAAAAACGUAUACGGUUAUCAGGAGCUGCAUAUCGAAAACAAAAAUUAAAACAAACACAUUCUAAAAUUAUUUUAGAAGAAUCAAAUACCUUAAAAGUUACUGACAGUUUAAAAGAAGUUGGUAACUCAGAACAAAUUUCCGAUAGUAUUGACAUUUUCAUUAAUGAAAUAAACACAACUUUGGAAGAAAAUACGAGUAUUAAAUAUAAUAAAAAUGAAAAUAACAUAUCUGACCCCGGGACAUGGCCAACGAUUUUUUCAGAUUCAUUACGACUUCAAUUAGUAAUAACAGGUCCCACUAAACCAAAUAAAAAUUUCAAAUAUCCUAGAGAUGCGUUAAAUCGACGGUUUCCAAUUUCAAUUUUAAGCAAAACAUUAAAAAAUGGUAAAGUUAUAGAACGUACGUGGUUAAUUUAUUCUGUUAAAAAUGAUGUUGUGUACUGUUUUUGUUGUAAAAUAUUUAGUAGUGAAAAUUAUGCACUGACUAAAUUUGGCUGUAAUGAUUGGAAAAACGUACACAAUAUAGUUAAAGAACAUGAAACAAGCAAAAUACAUUUUAAUUCUUUAAAAAAAUGGAUGGAACAGUCUGCUAGAUUAAAUAGUAAUCAAACCAUACAUGCUGCCCAUCAACGUGUAUUAAAUAAUGAAACUCGGCAUUGGCAAAAUGUACUUGAGCGUUUAAUGGCAAUCAUUGAAUUUCUUGGUAAACAAUGUUUACCUUUUCGAGGUACAAACGAUGUUCUUUACGAAAACAAUAAUGGCAAUUUUCUCGGACUAGUACAGCUCCUUGCAAAAUUUGAUAGUGUUUUAUCAGAACACGUUCGCAGAAUUCAAAAUAAGGAGAUUCAUAAUCAUUAUCUAGAUUGUACUCCCGAUAAAAGUAAAGUAGAAAAAAUGUCAAUAACUAUACGGUUUGUUGAUAUUAACCGAGAUACAAAAAAAGUAGAUAUUUGUGAACAUUUUCUUGGAUUUAUUCCGGUUGAUAUUACCACAGGUCAGGAACUUAUAAAUGCAAUAUUGUCAGAAUUAAAAAUAAAUACAAUUCCAAUACAGGAUAUGCGAGGGCAAGGUUAUGAUAAUGGCUCAAACAUGAAAGGUCGUAAUUCUGGUGUACAAAAAAAAUUUUUAGAUAUAAAUAGUCGUGCUUUUUUUGUACCAUGUCAUGCUCAUACACUAAAUUUAGUUUGGUUCUACUCGUCGAUGGGCUGUUUAAAAAAACAUAUAACACAAUUAACUUUGAAGCCAUUAAGUGAAACUAGAUGGGAGAGUAGAAUAGAUGCAAUUAGACCAUUCAGAUAUCAAACAGGUGAAAUAUUUGAUUCAUUAUACGAAAUAAGCCAGGAUAUAUCUUUUGAUCAAAUUACCCGAUUAGAAGCUGAAUCUUUAGCUAAAAAAAUUAAAAAUUUUAACUUUGUGUGUUGCGUUGUAAUUUGGCACUCAAUUUUAAAUCAAAUAAAUCUAGCGAAUAUUGAUGCCAUAGAAAUGACAGAUGAGUUAGUAGCAAUAUCCGAGUUAUUAAAACCCAACAGUACUCCAUUAGAAGUGUUACAGUUUAUUGUAAAUAAUAACAAUUUUGUACCAAAUGUAGCUGUAGCACUUCGAAUUAUUUUAACUAUGCCUGUGUCGGUAGCAUCUGGUGAACGGAGCUUUUCAACAACCUAA